UCGCUCUCAGCAGCCAUGUCCUUCUCCAGAUCUAGCAUGUCCUACAGCAACAGUGGCGGUGGAGGCGGAGGUGGCACCAUGUCCAUGAGGUCUGGAGGUGGAGGUGGAAUGGGAAUGGGCUCCUCCCGCUUCUCCUCGAUGGGUGGUGGUGCUGGAGGAGGCCGUGUCACUGCCAUGAGGGCCGGCAGUGUGUAUGGAGGUGCAGGAGGCUCUGGGGUGCGCAUCUCUAGCUCCUCAUUCGGUUCCGGGGGUGGCGGCGGCGGUUGCGGUUAUGGUUUCGGCAUGGGAGGGGUUGGUGGCGGCAUGGGAGGGGUUGGCGGCGGCGGUGGCAGUUAUGGUUUCGGCAUGGGUGGGGGUGGUGGUGGCGGGGGUGGAGCCGACAUUAAUGUAUCGGCCAAUGAGAAGGCCACAAUGCAGAACCUGAACGACCGCCUGUCCACCUACUUGGAGAAGGUGCGCUUGUUGGAGGCGGCCAACGGCGAGCUGGAGCUGAAGAUCCGUCAGUUCCUUGAGAUCAAGACGUCCCCCAGCGCUCGCGACUACUCUGGCUUCUACGCUACUAUCGCCGACCUUCAGGACAAGAUCCAGGCUGCCACCUGCUUGAACGGAAGCAUCUAUCUGAACAUUGACAAUGCAAAGCUCGCUGCAGACGACUUCAGAAACAAGUAUGAGAAUGAGCUGGCCAUGCGUCAGUCAGUGGAGGCAGACAUUGCCGGGAUGAAGAGGAUGCUGGAUGAGAUGGCCAUGGCCAGAUCUGACCUGGAGAUGCAGAUCGAGGGACUGAAGGAGGAGCUCAUCUAUCUCAAGAAGAACCACGAGGAGGAGCUGCUGGCCAUGAGGACUCAGAUGACUGGACAGAUCAACGUGGAGGUGGACGCAGCACCACAGGAGGACCUGUCCAGAGUCAUGGCUGAGAUUCGUGAGCAGUACGAGGCCGGUAGUGCCAAGAACCAGCGCGACCUGGAGGCCUGGUUCCAGACCAAGACAGAAACGUUGAACCAGGAGGUGGCGUCCAGCACAGAGGUUCUCCAGACCUCCAAGUCAGAGAUUUCGGACAUCCGUCGUACACUGCAGGGCCUGGAAGCCGAACUGCAGUCACAGCUCACCAAGGACCACAGCAUGAAAGGCUCCCUGGAGAACACGCUGGCGGAGAUGGAGGGCCGUUACUCCAUGCAGCUGGGUCGCCUCCAGAACCAAGUGACCAGUCUGGAGGAGCAGCUAGUCUCUCUCCGCAGCGACAUGGAACGCCAGGGCCAGGAGUACAAGAUGCUGCUGGACAUCAAGACACGCCUGGAGAUGGAGAUUGCUGAGUACAGGAGGCUGCUGGACGGAGAGGCUAGCGGCCUCGGCCUCAGCUCCUCGAAAUCUGGCCACAGCUCCUCCAGCUCCCACAUCAGCUCUUCUAGCUCCGGCCUCAACUCCGGCCUCAGCUCCUCAGGCUCCGUCCUCAGCUCCUCCACCAAAGGCAAUGUGGUGAUCACCGAAGCGGAAAUAGUGGACGGCAAGGUUGUCUCCUCAAGUGAAACCAAACACGCUUCUUAA